CAUGGGAAGACUUGGAAACGGUAUAUAAGGCCUUGAGUCCCAAUGAAUCUUCACAACCCACUGGCCGCAGUAGUGUGUCCUCCAAACCAAAGACGGUUCAUAGGUUCUUCUUUUUUGCCCAGAAGUAAGAAGAUGAAUUUCAACCAGUUCAUCCCCGAUUCUGUGGAUGUGUACCACCCAAUCCUGCUCGAUGGGGGCACCCUCGUCUUGAUCAAGCAAACGCCUGACUGCUUGCCAACGAAGUCUCCAUUCCCCAUCAAGCCCUAUGGCAGCAAUUCAAAAUACAUCAGCCACUGUCCCUGCCCAUGUCCCCCUCCCUGCUUAAGCCCGUGUCGUCCUAGAUGCCUGCCUAACUGCGGACCCUGCUAUGGGAGACCACAGUGCUUAAGCCCCUGCCGUCCUCUCUGCCUGCCUCCUCAAUGCUCAUCUCCAUGCCGCCCGGUCUGUCAGUACCCCUGCCAACCAUCGUGUGUGUCUCCUUGCAUCCCGUACUAUCAGAGGCCACAGUACCGUCCAAUCUGUGUGAAUCCAUGCCAGUCCCCAUGCUCAAUCCCAUGCCCAUACCCAUACUCACCUGUAUGCCCACCUUCAUGCAUACCAAACUGCUAUCCUAAUUGCUACCCAAGGUCCUCCAUCUGUGUCCAGCCAGCCUGCGUCUACCCUCUGGGUCAAGUCUCUUGCUCUCCAAUCUGUGGGUAUCCUCGGGGAUGUCCCUAUGAAAAUUUUGAGAUCUAUUACUUAGGAUAAGAGCCAACAAAAUGUCUCCCGUUCUACUCGCUUAUGGUUUCCUGGGUCCACUUUCCUGUAGGUUCUGCUUUGGUCGGCCUUCCAGCUUAACCUGGAAGUUCAAACUCUAGAUUUAGAUUUCAACCAUGGAUUUCAUUCCAGUGAUGGCACGUUGUUGCCACAGUUGUGAGUCCAGGGUUUGAAUCCUAUUGCUAGUCAGGUAGCUAUAACGAUGAGAGCACUACCUCCCAAUUAACAUUUUGAUCUCCCUCCAAAAUUUCCCUCCAGUCCCCAAAAUUCCCUUCAGUCCCCAAAUUUUUAGCAUUGCCACGACUCACUGCCUGCAGUGUUAGAAAUUUGGGGUAUGAAGGACAAUGUUAUUUGAAGGAUGUCCUCCACUUGAGCCAUAUUGGAGAAAGAUAGGGCAUAUUUAUUUAGGGGCCAACAAUUGAAUCAAUGGCUUGACUCCAGUUGCAGAUAACGCAUCGGAGUCAGACCUCUUUCUCCUUCUUCAACUUUCUUAAAACCUACCAAUAUACUACAAUGUUCCUCAAAAGUAGGCUUCCUUUUUGUGGUGUUGGCAUAACUACAUUGGCAUAGACCAUUGACAUAGAUCUCCAGAGCAUGAGAGCAAAAAGCUAACAUGUUUCAUCCUCUUGUCCCAAAAUAGUCCAGUUGCUAUUGUAGUGUGCCAACAAUAUUCUGAUGCUAGAUGGUGGAGGUAUCUAGAGUGGAUACACCCAUGAUGUGGAGUGGUCAACUUUCCCACCAACUCCAUUGAUCUUUUGGGCCUCCACCACUGCUCUGGAAUAGC